AUGACGGCUGCCCGCCCGGCCCCUCCCGGAAGAGAGCCUUGGGCGCAUGCGCGGCAUGGAGGGCGGGGCCGGCCGGGAGGCGCCUGGGCAGGUUCGGGCGGAGGGGCGGAAGGGCGGACGGGGGCCCGCGAGGGACAAACUGCCGCUGUCGCCGCCAUGAUGCGCUUCAUGCUGCUCUUCAGCCGGCAGGGGAAGCUGCGCCUCCAGAAGUGGUACUUGGCCACCUCGGACAAGGACAAGAAGAAGAUGGUGCGGGAGCUCAUGCAGGUGGUGUUGGCCCGCAAGCCCAAGAUGUGCAGCUUCCUGGAGUGGCGGGACCUGAAGGUGGUCUAUAAGAGGUAUGCCAGCUUGUACUUCUGCUGUGCCGUUGAGGAACAUGACAACGAGCUGAUCACCCUGGAGCUCAUCCACCGAUACGUGGAGCUGCUGGACAAAUAUUUUGGCAGUGUCUGUGAGCUGGACAUCAUCUUCAAUUUCGAGAAGGCCUACUUUAUCUUGGAUGAGUUCCUGAUGGGGGGUGAAGUGCAGGACACCUCCAAGAAGAGCGUCCUGAAGGCCAUUGAGCAGGCCGACCUCUUGCAGGAGGUAGAGGAAGACGAGUCACCCCGCAGCGUGCUCGAGGAGAUGGGGCUGGCAUAGCUGCUCACCAGGCAAUCACAGGCCAUCCCCUACUGCCCCUUUGCCCGCUCCUUGCUGUCCAGUGGGGUAAGGGGGGGCUGCCCCACACACUCCACAGUCUGCCGUGCUUGAGAAAUCAACUCACUGGAGGGAGCUGCAAACUGGACUGUGUAAAUAUUGA